AUGGAUGACCGAAGACAUGAGCAGGAACCGCUCUUGAGCAUCAUGGAGCGACAGCAGGCCGACGAGCCUACGAACCGGGCAAAUACCACAGAACAUCCCGAUGCGCCGCUCGAGGAUGGCCCUCGCCGCGAGCUCGAAGUCGAUGACGACUCCGGCCCAUCGACACCCCGGUUCAUGCAGGACGAAGGACACUGGAAGCGCUGGAGAUGGGUGCCAUUCCCGGUGCGCCGCAUCGUGAAGGCUACCGCAAAAUGGUCCAAAGGUCCGCCAAACCCACACGAUUACGAGAUCAAGCCCAUCUUUCCUCAGGUUCAAGAGUUCCCUCUUGUGUUGGUUGAUCGAUACCUACGAAAAUUCAAGCACCGGGUCGGCAUCGUUUUUCUUUACUUCGCCAUUUGGAUCAUCACAUUUGCCUUGGUCAAGAGGAGCGAGACGUUCGCUACUGAGGUUGAAGGAUGGGGAGCCCCCUCGCAGAUUGGGUGUGGUGCGGCAUACUGGACGAGAGGAAAUAAUUGCGGCCUCAAUGGUGCGGACUGCCGCCCGUUCAAUGGCAGCGGCUUUGCCUUCAGGUGCUCAGCCAACUGCGCCGGCUACAUGGUCUUGAAUCCAAGAGCGGUCGGAGACCAGGAGAUUGUCUACCAGCCGCUUGUUAUCGGCGGACAAACCGACAACACGAGCUCGCCGAUUUACCGAGGUGACUCGUUCAUCUGCGCCGCUGCGAUCCAUGCCGGUGUGAUAUCUAACGAUAAUGGAGGUUGUGGUGUUGUCCGCCUCGUUGGGCGAAACGAGGACUACUUGAGCUCGGACAAGAAUGGGAUUGACAGCAUCAGCUUUGACUCCUACUUCCCACUCUCGUUCACGUUCGAGCCUGGCAUUCAAUGCCGCGCCAAAGACCUGAGAUGGAAUUUGUUGGCGGUCUCGGUUGUUUUCACGACGGUCCUUUCUCUUGUCACGUCAUCACCUUCCCUCUUCUUCUUCUCAAUCUUUACUGGCAUAUUUUGGCAUGUCGGGCUCGCCUCUGACCCCCCAAAUCACUACUCGGUUGCGGACCUAGUAUCGAAUAUCGUUGGCAAAUACCUCCCGGCGAUGUUCUGCGCCUGGGUUAUGUUUGACAAGAUGGGAAUUCGACGAACGCUCAAUGGGCUUACUGCUCAGGUGGAGAAGACGAUCUUGUGGCUCGGUGGUUGCUGGGUUGGUGCGCUUACCAACUAUACCUUUAGCUUCAUUCCCAUUCAGCGUCUGAAUGCGCAUGAUCUGAACCAACAGCCGGGAGCAAAGGCAGCGUUGGCCAUCAUCAUCAUCGUCUUGGUGGUAAUCACCGCCAAGCAAAUCUGGUAUUUUAGACAGGAGGGUCGUCUCCUGAAAUACCUCAAGCUGUACCUCCUAUUCGUGGCGGGUAUCAUUGUAUGCCUUGUCCUGCCAGACCUGAGCCUGCGCAUUCACCACUACAUCCUGGCGUUACUCUUGCUCCCGGGCACGAGUAUGCAGACCAGACCUUCACUGCUCUAUCAGGGCAUUUUAGUCGGUCUCUUCAUCAACGGCAUCGCCCGCUGGGGCUUCGACGCUGUUCUCCAGACACCUGCGGCCCUCCAAGGCGACGCUCAGCACGGGUCGGUCUUGCCCAGCAUUCUCCCACCCGUCAUCGACCUAGGUCAAGCUAUGUGGAGCAUCAACUUCACUUGGGCUACUCCUCCCGAUGGAGCGCGCUACGACGGCAUCAGCGUUCUUGUCAACGAUGUAGAGCGCUUCCGUACCUACUUUGACGAUGGACCCGUACCUCCAACGAGUUUCCUCUGGAGCCGCCAGAGCGAUCUCGGCAUGAACGAAUACUUCCGUUUUGGAUUCAUGGAAGGCAGCGAGAGCUAUGACUUUACGAAAGCUGGCAUUUGGAAUGCGGAAGGCAAAUGGAUAGACAUGCAGCCGGGCCCUUCGAUGAUUAGGGGUCGGUCACUGGUAGAUGAUGACGAGAGCGUGCCACGGUGA